AUUCUGCGAGGCGCGAAUUUAAAUUAUUGCAAAAAAUUGCCGGAAGUAAUAUUUGAUGCACCAGAAAUUAAAUUAGAAGUGGCAUAUCUGCGAAGAAACCAUCAAUAUUGAAAGAACAACCAAGGAGGAGUUCGUGGGGAAAAUGAGUAAGAUGGACAUCCUUUACCUGUACAAGAAGCCGGGCCUGAGUGUGGCGUCAGAAUGCGAGAAAUUAAAGCAGCUUCGAGCAGAGGCAAAAAUAGAAGCUCUACAUACAGAAAUAUGCUUUUAUGUCGAGAUAAGCAAACCUCUGUCAACUGGAGAACUGGAGAAAUUGAAAUGGAUUUUGGGAUCACCCUUCAAACCUGAUGAUGUUCAGCACAAGCCUUACCUUCAAGCAAAAGGAGAGGAGAACAUGCUUAUUGAGAUAGGUCCAAGGUUAAACUUUUCUACAGCAUUUUCAAGUAAUGCAGUCUCGAUGUGUAAAUCUGUGGGUCUCCAACAAAUAACAAGGCUCGAAGCCUCUACGAGGUAUCUGCUGUCUUGGAGACACAAAGACGUUGUGAUGACUGAUGAUCUUGAAAAUAAGUUGGUUGCUGUACUACAUGACCGAAUGACUCAAUGUCGUUAUGUGAAACCGAUCAAGAGUUUUGACUUGGGCAUUAGACCUGAACCGUGGUUUGAAGUGGACGUCAUGACUGAGGGGCGGAAGGCACUCGAAGAUGUUAAUACGAGCUUGGGUUUAGCCUUUGAUAACUGGGACCUGGACUUUUAUACAGAUCUAUUUAAAAAUAAGUUGAAGAGGAAUCCCUCAACUGUGGAGUGCUUUGAUUUGGCUCAAUCAAAUAGUGAACACAGCAGGCAUUGGUUUUUCAAGGGCCGCAUGAUUAUUGAUGGAGAGGAGCAGAAGGAAUCCCUAAUUGACAUGAUUAUUGACACGCAGAAUUCAUCAAACCAAAACAAUGUGAUAAAAUUCAAUGAUAACAGCAGUGCAAUUGAAGGCUUUCAAGUCAAAAAAUUCCAUCCAAAAGUGGCAAAGGAAGCAAGUAGCUUCGAAAUAGAAGAAGGAAUGUUACACAUUGUCUUCACUGCAGAGACACACAAUUUCCCUACAGGUGUUGCACCAUUCAGUGGGGCAACAACGGGCACCGGGGGCAGGAUAAGAGAUGUACACGCUGUCGGAAGAGGCGGCCAUUAUAUUGCGGGAACCGCCGGCUACUCUGUUGGAAAUCUAUUGAUUCCUGACUAUAAUCUUCCUUGGGAAGAAAAAUCAUAUUCAUACCCAGAUAACUUUGCAAGACCUUUGGAAAUAUUAGUUGAAGCAAGCAAUGGUGCCUCAGAUUAUGGAAAUAAGUUUGGCGAGCCUGUAAUAUGUGGGUUUGCUCGCACCUUUGGUAUGGAGGAUUUGCAUAAUGAGAGGAGAGAAUGGAUCAAACCCAUUAUGUUCAGUGGAGGUGUGGGUGCCCUCGAUGCUGAUAUGAUUGAGAAGAUGAAGCCUGAGAAAGGAAUGAAAGUUGUGAAGAUUGGAGGACCCGUUUACAGAAUUGGUGUCGGAGGAGGAGCAGCCAGUUCAGUGGAGGUACAAGGAGACAACAAAUCGGAACUGGACUUCGGUGCAGUUCAGAGAGGAGAUGCUGAAAUGGAGCAGAAGCUGCACAGGUUCAUACGAGCGUGCCUUGAGAUGGGCAGUGAGAAUCCCAUCUGCAGCAUACAUGACCAGGGUGCCGGAGGAAAUGGCAACGUGUUGAAGGAACUUGUUGAACCUAACGGCGCUGUGAUUUUCACUCGCUGCUUCCAGCUUGGUGAUCCUACUAUUAGUACACUGGAGUUGUGGGGUGCUGAAUACCAGGAGAAUGAUGCAUUUUUAUGUCGUCCAGAAGAUGUGCCAUUAGCGCAGCAGAUAGCUAACCGAGAGAGGUGUCCAAUCAACUUUGUUGGUACUGUUCUUGAUAAUGGAAAGGUCAUUCUCUCAGAGGAAGAGGAUCCUGAGGACACAAAAUACUUGGAUGGUACAUACACAUCAUCAGAUGUUCGACACCCUGUUGACCUGGAACUGGAGUUGGUGCUAGGAAAGAUGCCAAGAAAAGUGUUCCACCUACAGCGGCAGCCGGGCAUCCCCAAGAGUCUGUCGCUGCCUGCCAGCCUGUCGGUGCUGAUGGCACUCGAGCGUGUGCUGAGGCUGCCUGCAGUGGCCAGCAAGCGAUACCUCACCAACAAGGUGGACCGCUGCGUCACAGGGCUGAUCGCACGCCAGCAGUGCGUUGGCCCGCUGCACACGCCAGCCGCUGAUGUUGCUGUCACCGCCCUUUCUAUCUUCGGAGUGGAAGGCGUGGCUACAGCAAUCGGUGAACAACCAAUUAAAGGACUUGUCAAUGCAGCAGCUGGAGCAAGGAUGACAGUUGCAGAAUGUCUAACAAAUCUUGUUUUUGCAAGAAUAUCUGACAUACAGGACGUGAAGUGCAGUGGGAACUGGAUGUGGGCCGCAAAGCUGCCCGGAGAGGGUGCAGCACUGCACGACGCGUGUGUUGCCAUGUGCCGUGUGAUGGCGGAGCUCGGCGUUGCCGUCGAUGGCGGCAAAGACUCCCUUAGCAUGGCCGCCAGGGUCUCCGGCUCCACUGUCAAGGCACCAGGCACUCUGGUAGUCUCAGCAUAUGCACCGUGUCCGGACGUGAGGCAAGUUGUGACUCCCGACCUGAAGAGCCCAUCUGUGGGUCGUUCGGGACUGCUGUUCCACAUCGAUCUGUCGGGCGGGUGGAAUCGCCUAGGAGGUUCAGCACUCGCACAGUGCUUCAGGCAGCUGGGCGACAGCUGCCCUGAUCUUGAACAACCUUCUCUGUUGAAGAAAGCUUUUGGAGUCACACAGAAGCUCAUAAAAGAGGGAAGAGUUCUGUCUGGUCAUGACAUAAGCGAUGGUGGUCUAAUUACGUGUCUUCUGGAGAUGGCAUUCUGUGGCAUCAGUGGACUGAAUUUGGACAUAACUCACAAGAAAGGAGACCCUGUCAACAUUUUGUUUGCUGAGGAAGUCGGUUGGGUGCUCGAAGUAGAUCUAAAAUUCCGAGAUUAUGUUGUUACAUCAUUCAAGAACUGCGGUGUCCCAUGCCACUACAUCGGAGAUUCUGUUGGCUAUGGAAUCGAGUCACCGGUGAAGAUCCUUGUAAAUGGAAACCUCGCUCUGAAGAGUGACGUGUACUCACUGUUCAGAGUGUGGGAGGAGACAAGCUACCAGCUGGAGAGGCGGCAGGCGAACCCGGACUGCGUCCGGCAGGAGUUUGAGAAUCUGGCAAGGAGGAGGGCACCCAAGUACCGGCUCACGUUCGACCCCAAUAGGAACCCUGAUGUGGCAGUCAGCUUGUCAUCAGUUCAGCGUGUUGCCGUAAUUCGUGAAGAAGGAAUUAAUGGUGAUCGGGAGAUGGCAGCAUCACUUCAUAUGGCUGGCUUUGAAGUUUGGGAUGUGACUAUGCAAGACUUACUUGAUAAGAAAGUGACUGUUGAUAUUUUCAGAGGAGUAAUAUUUCCUGGUGGUUUUAGCUAUGCAGAUGUUCUUGGAUCAGCAAAAGGCUGGGCUGCAAGCCUGCUCUUUCACCCUUCACUCAGAGCUCAGUUCCAGGCAUUUGCUGCCAGAGAAGACACUUUUAGCCUGGGAGUUUGUAACGGGUGCCAACUAAUGAGCUUACUCGGCUGGAUCGGAACACUUCCUGCAGGUUCUUCCUCAGGCGACAGUUUAUCAACACCGGAGAUUGUAUUGGAUCACAACUUGUCCGGAAGGUUCGAGUGUCGUUUCAGCACUGUCAAGAUCGAGAGAUCUCCCUCUAUCAUGUUGCAUGGUAUGGAGGGAUGUCUCCUUGGAGUUUGGAUUGCUCACGGAGAAGGUCGUUUCACUUUCCGAGAUGAAAAUGUGUACACAGAAUUAGAAAAAAACAAAUGUUUAGCCAUAAAAUACGUUGACGAUGAUGGCAAACCAACUCUGGAAUACCCACUGAAUCCAAAUGGAAGUAUUGGCGGUGUGGCAGGGAUAUGCUCGGACGACGGGCGGCACCUGGCAAUGAUGCCGCACCCGGAGCGCUGCACGCAGCUGUGGCAGUGGCCGUGGCUGCCACAAGAGUGGAAGGGCGAGCACACAGUCUCCCCAUGGCUGCGCAUGUUCCAGAAUGCAUACUGGUGGUGUGUCACCGAAUCAUAGGCCGACUGAGCUCUCCUCUCUGGAUUUACGCUCAAGAGUAAAUUACUGUUUACUCGGAGUAUUACUUAUAUCUGAGAAAUAGAAGGGAAUCUGUCAGUUGUACACAACUAUAACAGUUGAUAACAAAAAUUAUCAUCAGAUUGGUAAUAUAGAGAAGGGACCACUGAGGGUAUUCAUGUCACGUGCUCUCCUGUCAGUGCUUUGUCAGUGAAUUUACUGUUCUCUUAUUAAACAUUUAUCAUUCUCCUGUCGUUGCUUGAUUCUUCCUGUAUGUUGUAAAUUGCAGAGAAUUACAAGUUUACUUCUGGAAGUUAGGUAUCUCUGUAUUCAUCCACUGACACCUUAAUUUCUUUUUCUUGUUUUAUAUUAAUAAGAUGUUCAUAGUCUGAAUAAAUAUACCAAAACACAUUUUAUUCUUGUAUGCAAGUAGGAACAUAAGUAGAAAUUACUCUUCAGUGCUAUAGCUAGAGAAAAUUAAAAUACCAGGACAGGUAAAAAAGGAAUGGAAAAGUUAAAUAUCUUCUGAAGUAUACAAAAGAGAAGAUAAAAUAAUAUUCAGAAGAAAAUGUUCCUCUGAAAUAGAUAGAUGAAGAAAGUUGAUCCAAAAUGGAAAAGUAUGAAGUUAUAAUAUAAUCCUAUUAAAUGUUGGAACUACAUUAAUAAUACAUGUUUUACAAUCUCAUUUUUUUUAAUCAUUUUUAAGGCCUGUUUUGAAUCUCAUUUCUUAUAUGCCUUACUUUCUUUUUUCAGAAAUAAUGCAAAAAUCAAUUUUUAUAUGUUGUUAACUUAUAAAUGCAAAUGAUAAAAUAUUAGUUUUUUUUUUUUUUAAUUUCAACCUAAGUUAUUGUUGUCUGUCAAAAUAUACGUUGUGUGUAUAUUUCAAUACUGUUAUGUUGUUUCCUGUUAGUAGAAUUUAUAACUUGCACUGUUAAAAUGCUCCACAUGACAUAAUUGUUUAAAUACUGAAGUAACAAAAAUAUAUAUUUGGGAUUUGUUUCAGAUUACCUCUUAGUUCAAGUAUAUUGCAGACUUUUUGUAUGAUUUUAUUUGCACAAUAUUUGAUGUACAAAAAAGUGAACCAUGUGCCAUAUUAAUGAUUGUUACUGUAAUUUUAUGUGAAGUAUUCUAGUUUAUAAGGGAAAGCUUUAAUGAAGUGUUUUGAUACAAAAAAGACCAAGCAUGGUUCAUUAAAAAGAAAGAGGGAGAAAGGCUGUUUCAUAAUUUUUGUACUGUUCCUUAUAUUCCCUCAGCACUACAUUCCGAAAAUUGAGGUACUCACCUGUGCACGUAAGGUUGCUAAUAGGUAUUCAUACAAUUAUGCUCAAUUCAAGGGUAGCUGGAAGGGAGUUGUACAACUGUGGUGUUCUUAUUUUUUAAACAGAUAACAUUUUUUAAAAUUAGGCAGAAGUGCAUUUUUUCCAGUUUUAUUAUUACAUGAAACUCUAUACCUUAACUACUUUUCAGUGGUAUUCCAACCAACUUCUGAAUUCCAUACAUCAGUAUCAUGGCUGUGGCACCCAAAUGGUUCUUCAAGUGGAGAGGGACAAAGGGCAAUCACUGGGCACUAGGUCAGGACUGUACAGAGGGUAAUCAAGUUUGUUCAGUGCCACAUGAUGCAAGAUCUUGUGUUCUUUGAGCCAUUGCUAUGAAUUCAAAAAUAUCCCAUUAGUAAGCUUGUCAUGCCCUAU